GCCAGGCAUAAGGACAAAGCCAACAACUGAUAAAGAUCUGAAAGAAACAGAAGUCGGGCUUACAUCAUGGAAAAAUUUCAGCUGUGUAUCUUCCUGCUGUGCCUGCUGAUCCUCCACCAGUGUGUGGCCAUGCCACUGAGCAACCAGUGUGUUGGAGAAACAUUGUGCUCCUUCACCUUGAAAGACAACUACAACCAGAUGACUACCCUUCCCGAAGAUAUCAAUACACGCAGCCUUGCACCCUGGAUUUACCAAGACAAAAUUGACUUAAACCGAGAACCUCAGGUGAUCCGUGAGGCCAGGUGCCAGGAUAACCACUUUGGCGGGAGGUGCAACAGUGCCUUGGGACUAGAGGUCAUCCCCGUUACCCUUAGGAUGCCUGUUCUGAGGAAAAACUCGGCAUGCUUCCCCCUACCCAGCUACUCUGUAGAAUUUGAGGACAUUACUGUCGCAUGCAUAUGUGCCUCAGCCCGCACACAGGAAGAAAUAGCACAGGGUUGAAGUCAGACAUCUGGAAAUCUUUAUUUAGUCAAAAAAGAUGUGGCAUCUGUGAUUAGUGAGAACUAUCUCUUUUAAACCAUUGUGUUCAUCAGUAAGACAGUAAACAUUCAGUAGAUAUCUGCAAAUUAAUUAGCUCUGUAAAUGUUAGAUUCAUCUGCAUCAUUAUUGUUGCAUUGAACAAGUUGUUUUAAUAACAGGUAGGUCACAGCAUAAAUAUGCAUAAAAACAACAAUAUACUAGUUAAUAAAAUGCUAAACAGUU